GAGCGUGAGCCGUGCCGGGAGGGGCCGUGGUGCGCGCGGGGCGUGGUUUCUCCAGACGCGGAGAUCGCAGGGCAGACAGAGACACCAGCAGGCAGGAGCUGCCUCCUCCGCAGUCGUCUCGCGCUGGCGUCAAAGACGAGCGACCCGUACCGGGCCCCCGCGGUGGAGGGGGUGGUGCGGCUGGUGGCGUACCGUGACGACCCGCUGCCGGACCGGGCCCCACCCGCUCCGCACCAGCCCCGCGCCGUCACGCAAGCAGCCAUGCCGGGCGCCCAAAGAAACGGGGCCACGGAGGCCGCCCUGAUCCCGGGGCUGUCCGCCGAGGAAGCCGACUGCAUGCGAUUCUUCGAGGAGAUGAUCGAGUCCCUGGACGACUCGGAGGCGGAGUCCACGUCGUCCGACCACGCCGAGGGGCGCUCCGCGGACUCGACCGACGGACGUGCCGCCCCCCCCCCGCGAUCCGUUCCGAGCCCCCCCAAGUCGAGGCCACCCGAUGACAGCCCCCCUCAAUCGCCCACCUUGGCGCACGGGGACCCCCCCUCCGCCAGGCUGCAGAACCAGCACCAGGGGCUGGCGCGACUCCGCUACCGCCCGCCCACAGACAUCGACCCCGUAACACUGGUGACCUCACCCAUGACCUCAUCCGUGACCCCAUCCGUGACCCCACUCGAGCCCAUAUAUGCGAUCCCAUUUAAGACCUCACCCAAGACCUCACCCAAGACCUCGUAUGCGACCCCAAAAGUGACCUUACCCGAGCCAAUAUAUGCGACCCCUUUCAAGGCCCCACCCGCGUUUUCGCACGUGACCUCACCCGUGACCUCACGUGUGACCCCACCCGUGACCUCACGCGUGACCCCACCCGAACCCAUAUAUGCGACGGUGACCCCGCGCGUGCACUCGCCUGUGACCCCAUCCAUCAUCUCAGGCCCACCCCCAUCGGUGACCCCAUCACUCACAUCAGUCGUGACCGCCGCGGCCCCAACCAUCUUGGACAACUCCUCGAUCAACUUCCGCACGGUCCCAGUGGCCUCCACGUCCUUCCUGACAUCGUCAGAGACCGACCCUGUCGUACCACAACAACCACCACAACAGCCAUCGCCGCCAUCGCCACCACCGGCACAACAACCAACACAACAACCACCACCACAACAGUUACCACUAUCACGACAGUCGCCAACACCACCGCCACAACAACCACCACCACAACAACCACAACAACCACCACCACAACAACCACCACCAACACCACAACAACAACCACAACAACAACAACCAUCACAACAACCACCACUACCACGACAACAACCACCACAGCAACAACAAACACAACCGCCACACCAACAUACACAACAACCAAAACAACAAACACCACAAUCACCACCGCAACAACCGCAGCUGCCGGCGCCGGCGAUGGCGGCGUCACAGCACAGCGCGGUCGCCGCCGCCGCCGCUCCCUCGCCGCUCGCCAUCGCGGAGCCUCCUCCGGAGAGUGCUGCCAAGAUGCCCUCCGGCGGUGCCGACGGUGCCGGCGGCGGUGCCGGCGGACCCCGCCGGCUCCACGUCAUCGCGCCCGCCCAGCGGAGCACCCCGCCGUGCUUGGAGGCGCUGAGUGUCUCGGAGCGCAGGGCCAAAUUCCUGCGCAAUGCGUCGCUGGGCAGCGGCCGGGACGAGGGGGGGCCGGGGGCCCCCCCGGACAGGCGCCAGCAGCCGCAGGGAGGCUCCAAGUUCUGGCUGCAGGGGCGGCCGGAGCAGCUGGCCCACACGGAGGCGCGGGCCAAGCUCGGCCUUCACGUGGGCGGCUCGACGGAGAGCGCCGGCUCGGAGGAGGAAGAGUGCGGCCGGGCGCCCGUCGGGCCCCAGCUGUCCCGCUCCCAGUCGGUCGGCGCCGGCAUGGAGCAUAUGGGGACGCAGGGCGGCGAUCGGGGUCGACAGAUUGGCAUUGUAGAAUAUCGCCAGCAGCAGCAGCAGCUAAGCCCUGCUUCUUCUGUCGUCGCCGCCUCGAGCGCCGCACCCGACAAAGGUCACGCAACUAUUUCGGUUCCGCCGCCGCACCCAAACCAGCCGCGCGUGCAGCCCAACCCGGCGGGCGCGGCACCGCCGCCGUCCGCCGCGCGCCACGCGGAACCCGGCCAGAGCUCGCGCGACGCCGACUCGGACGCCUUCUCCCCCGUCUGCUCCGCGUUCGUCAACCGGGUGAGGAGCCGGACCGUCAAUUCCACGCACGGCACGGCGGCGGAGGCCGCGGCCAGGGUAAACGCCAAGAUGAACACGCGACCUUCCACCACGCAGCAGCAGCAGCAGCGGCCGAACGGUGCCCAGAAUGCCGCUGCACGGGCCUCGGCUUCCCGUCCGCCGGCUCUGCAUGCCGCCACGAGCCUGGUGGACAUCCGCGAGCUGGCGCCUCCGGUCGCGUACGCCGGGAAACGUGAAGCGGAAUUUCAGGCCGGGUUCCACGCCGGGCUCAAGGCGGCCUUGGAACUGGGGCACCUCUCCGGCAACCAAAUUGGCCUGGUCACUCAGGUGGCCAACCCCGUGGUCAACCCCGUGGUCAACCCCGUGGCCAACCCCGCGGUACAUCCCGCGGUACAUCCCGUGGUCAAUGCUGCGGUAAACCCCGUGGACAAGCAGGCACCACCGGCUCGCCAAGACGCCCCUAUGCCCCAGCCCAAGCCGUGGCAAAGACGCAUCACCAUUAAAUCUGGGGACAGCUACGGAGAGCAGACGCUCCCCUCUCCCGCCACCCACGACGCCGAUGCAGCGAAGGCAAAGGCGGCGGCUGUCAAAGCGACGACUCCGACCGCCGACGAGCCCAGGGGCGAGGCCGUGACGCGGGCGCAGAAGCAGCGCAUCACCGUGUCUCCCGCUGUCGUCCACCUCAACUCCCCGCUCUUCCGAGCGCCGCAGGUCUCGGCGGACGAAUCUCAGCCGUACAACACCGGAGUGGUGGCCGCGCGUUCGUCGACGUCGCUGCCGAGGUCCUACGCGUCCCACGGCACCCCCCAGAGCCCCAGCGUCACCGCGGCCGCUCCACGAGCCAUCCCCGUGGGGGGGCAGUUCGUCCCCGUGCGAAAACCCUCGCAAAACGACCACACGGAGGCUCUGAAGAAGUUGGGAAUGAAAGGGGGUCACCGUUGAGUGUUGUGUGUGUCCGUGUGUGUCGGUGUGUGUGUCCGUCUGUGUGUCCGUGUGUGUGCACUAUAAGGCUCGUCAACAGUUGGAGGCAGUCGCCCUCCAGCAGCAGCGGAGAGUGGAGAAACAACUCUGACAACAGUGAGUGGAGCGUGGGGCAGGUGAAAUGCAGCAAGGUGGUGCAGGGUGGAGCACAGGUGGGGCAUCCGCCGGUCAUCUUAGUUCACCUGUAACACCUGGGACUGCCCUCUGACCUGUCAGCGCUACGAAUACGGUGACUCAAGUUCAAUUCCUAAUCAUGACGAAUAUCUGAACUGGUCCUGGGCCUCCCCUAUGUCGACUCAGCCUUAAAUGAGUACCUGGUGUGCUGUGUAAAAACAUCGGCGUGGGCCUGGUGCCCCGCCCCCUCGUGCGCGUGCUGCCCUUCACCGGUGCUCGCUAACAGCACUUGCCCCAACGAGAUGUGCAGGCUUCAUGGGGGAUUUUUGUGCUUAAUUUCUCACUGAAUAUUUUCUGGGUCGCUGGUAAAUUACUGGAGUCGGGUAUGAUCGAUGUGUGUGUUUCGGUCGAUAUUGCUGUUGUUAUGAUUGUAAAUAUCGUAUUUGCUAAACAGUGUGUUCAUAUAAUAAUGCGAUUUUACCACAAGGGAAGUGUAAGUAUAUAAUCUGCUGCCUCAGUGGUUGUAUUGUAUGUCAUCAUGAUCAUCGUCAUCUAUGAUCUAUCCACUGCUGGGUGAAGGCCUCCGUAUGCCGUCACCCUCCCUGACUGUCAUUCUGUCACCAGUUUCAUCGAUCGCCUGUCGUCCAUUCUGCCCAUGACGGGCCCCGGUCCCCCCUCCAGGCAGCGGUCAGCAAUGACCUCCCUUGUCGUGCGUGCUUCUCCACGCCGCGUGAGCCCCUGUCUCUCCCUGUCAUUCCAAGCACGCGUCUCUCGCGCACGCUUCUUUGCGCACUUUUCAGCUUCUCGUUUCCGACCCGAGGUGUGAUAGCCGGGGGCAUGCAGAGUAUUUCUGGAUUUUUUUAGUUUAAGCGGCGACGAUUUCCCAUCGCGUUGUUUUGACGAUGAGCCUUGCGAUAUGCUGCUCAAGGCGCCUGGUGAGCUGUGGACGCUGCGCGGUCGCAUUCCUGCGCAGCGUUCCGGAAACCGGUUUUUCAGCGGUGAGUGGUGGAUGGUUUACGAUGCAAGUAUUUGCGAGCGCCGUCAUCGGCCCUAGACCGUGAGUCGCGCACUAAAUGAGGCAUCACCUACGCUCGUGAAACCGCGGUGGUCCUUGUCGAUGUUUUUGUGAGGGUAGGGUUUUAUUCUGACUUCCUGCUGGAUAUUUACAGCGCGACUGAAUUGUGUUUGUCUAUUUCGGGUGGUGAAGGGUCUUACGACACAAAUGUGACCAGCUUACCGUGUCUCGUCGCUACAUUGUGCUGUGAGGAUUGUUCCGAAGCUGAGCGGAGUCGACCUGAAUCGAUAAUAGCUGGCUCCUUAACAACUUGUACACGUGACGGGUUCAUUUGUUUGGCUGCGUUGUGUGAUGGAGGGUAUACAAGACAAGAUCGUCACGUGACCCUAGAGUCAGUUGGUAGCUGUGGUUGUUGAUACCUCUGUUCAAGUGAUGCAACGUGUAAUGAAGCGUGUGCCUAUACUCGGGAUGCGUUAUGGAUUUAAAAAUAACACUUUGGAAUUUUGGAUUUUUAAGGAAAGCUUUGGAUCGCAUUUUCAGAUAAUUUACUUGGUUACAUAUCGGUGUCUUCGGGUUCGCAAAAGUGAUGUCACCAACACCAGGUGACACACAUGUUGGUGUCAAAGCAGUGACUACAUCUUCAAAUCUCAUCCUUCCCAUGUUUGUCUCUGCACAUGAAAAAUACAUUUAUACUAUGGGGACCUCAUUUGCCAGUAAAAAUAUGAUAAUUGGUUCUUUACCCUUUUGUUGCCAGGUAGAAGGGUAAAGAACCAAUUAUCAAAUACAUUUAUAUUUUUUACAAACCCAUUUUGGCGACACGGCCUUUUGGGAGUUAAUUUUGUAAGCGGCAUUGGUUUAACACCAGCAAACUCUCCACCGGAUUUGACCUGCAGUGUCUCACCAGCAAUCAGGCCAAACCCGAUGCUGGUUGACUCAGGCUUUAACCAAGCGCCUGCAUUACGUGAAGUUUCACGGUGGCAAUACAUUAUGCUGUAGCGUGGUAUAUUCAUGAUAACAGUUCGCAUAGUAACAAGAGUCCUUGGUCAAUGCACUGCUGGAUGAAGAUAUUGUUUGCAUUGUCUGCCUCGUUCAACAUAUUCGCUUAAAUGGAACGUCUCUCUACGAUUUGCAUGCGUUACAGAUAAAUUAUGCUCAUGAGCAAUAUUCAUUGUGUUUGUUGUUGAGUGCCUAAAUAAUAAAGUAUAAUCAUUCCUUGA